CUUUCAGAACACAUUGCCAUCAUUGUUUUGUUUUGUUCCUUGAGUUGUUUUGGAGUUGUAGGAAUUAUGGAGAAUGAGGAUGCUAUUUCUGCUCCUUCAACCCCAGCAACACCAGGCACUCCUGGUGCUCCUCUGUUUGGAGGGUUUAAAGGAGACAGAGGAGGGAUUUAUGGAAGAUCAAAAUCCCUUCUCAAGAGUUGCAAGUGCUUCAGUGUAGAGGAAUGGGCCACGGAAGAAGGGAGAUUACCUUCUGUUUCUUGCUCAUUGCCACCUCCUCCAGUCUCACUUGCCAGAAAGGUGGGAGCAGAGUUCGUAGGCACUAUGAUUCUCAUCUUUGCCGGGACAGCUACAGCCAUUGUGAACCAAAAAACACAAGGGUCUGAAACCCUCAUUGGCCUAGCCGCCUCCACAGGGCUUGGUGUCAUGAUUGUCAUUCUCUCCACCGGCCACAUCUCCGGCGCUCACCUCAACCCAUCAGUCACCAUUGCCUUUGCUGCCUUAAAACAUUUUCCAUGGAAACAUGUACCAAUGUAUGUUGGAGCACAAGUGAUGGCAUCACUGUGUGCAGCAUUUGCACUAAAGGGAAUUUUUCACCCUAUGAUGGGAGGAGGAGUGACAGUUCCUUCUGUAGGAUUGGGCCAAGCAUUUGCAUUGGAGUUCAUCAUUAGCUUCAAUCUCAUGUUUGUUGUAACUGCGGUGGCCACCGACACAAGAGCUGUGGGAGAGUUAGCGGGAAUCGCGGUGGGGGCAACCGUCAUGCUUAAUAUCCUCAUAGCAGGGUAUGUGUGAUUACUGUUUCUUGCUGUAUUGUUGUUGACAUCUAAGCUCUCAUCAAACACUACUAUUUACCCUCCAACUGAGAAUAGCAAUUUUUCACUAUAUAUUUGUGUAAAAUCGAAGUUUCAAAGGUAAGUUAGCGCCUACCGAAAUCACUUCUUCAUUUGUUUGUGUUAUGGUACAGACCAUCAACUGGUGCUUCAAUGAAUCCAGUAAGAACAUUGGGGCCAGCCAUAGCAGCAAACAACUUCAAGGCCAUAUGGAUCUACCUCACUGCUCCAAUCCUGGGAGCGCUGUGUGGUGCUGGAACCUACACAGCUGUCAAGCUGCCAGAGGAAGAUGGUGAAAAGCUGUCAACAGUGAGGAGCUUCCAAAGGUGAUUAACAAUCCGUCACCAACCUGCAUCAAAGGUCCGGAGCACAAUGUGAUGCCGCUGCUUGGAGGCAACUCAGACAACAUUAUGGCAAUGCAUCAAUGUAUUAAGUAAAUUAUCUGCUUAGUCUGUACUCGAGAUACAAGUAUAGUAUAGUAUAGUAUAGUCAAGCAGGUGUGUUUCUUUGGAGAAAGGAAAAACAAAGACAAAUGUAUCAGAAGUCGGUGCAGUGUGAAUUUAUAAAUAAAAUCAGUAAUCUCAC